AUGGGAUUAAUAUCGAGAAAUAAUUUCUCAAGUGCAAACCCAGCGACUACAACAACAUCAGCAGCAACUGCAUUCCUCAACUGGUUGUCUAUGGCCAGCAGCAGCAGCAGCAGCAACCCUUCCACCGCUCACGUCAGCUCAUUUAGUUUCCACGUCGAAAACAUCAGCAACAAUGCGACAAACGUGACCACCACAACCACCACAACUACAACCACUACUAGGAAUUCCAACCACACCAGCUACAUCAGCAACAACUGCGGCAACUCAACCAUGCUCUACAAUGAAUACAUCCUGGCUCUGGAUGUCGUUCGUUACGGCAUGCCGGUUAUCUACACGCUCUCAAUCAUACUUUCCAUGUGCGGCAACCUCUUCUGGAUCAUCUUCAUGUGGAAGUCCUCGAAAUGCUGCAAGUCAUCAAACGUCAUACUCAUCCUUAACUUGGCAGUCUGCGAUUUUAUCAAGUCUACCGUAGUCGCACCUCUCAGAGUUAUUGAACUCUUCUUGUCGAGGUACCACAGCGACGAGGUAGAUUGCUGUCGAUCGUUGAACUUCUUUACGUUGUACCUGGCGCUGGCUGGCUUUCACUCUGUAGUGGCCAUCAGCCAGGAGAGGUUGGUCCUCAUUUGCUUCCCCUUCCACGCUCGAAAGUGGUUCGGUCGAAACGUCGCUCUCCUCGUCAUAUUAUUAAUUUGGACGACUGCUUUCGUAGUUUCGCUACCGUUUGCUCUGCUCUACUCGCAGGCCAUCACGAUCCCGCUGACUUACGGGGAGGUAUUCCACAUGUGUUCUGUAAACUUUUUCCAUUCCGACAAAGCCACUGGAGCGAGGCUUUACACACUUGUCAUUACAAUUUUCUACUAUGUUAUUCCAGUUUUAAUUAUUUCAGUUUCGUACGUGAAAGUUUUUAUCAGCUUAAACAAAACGAUACAUAAUUUAAAAUCAAACGCUUCAGCAAAAUAUUUUGGAUUGAAGCCUGACUACGGAUCGAGUAUGAGAAAAGAUGAAAAUUCACUGUCGAUGAUUAGAAAAAGCUCCCAGAACAGCAUUCCAGAGAUGAAGAUUUCAUCAAUCCGUAACGAGCAGUUGCUGGCGAGAUCCUCCUCCAACAGCACGCUGAAGAUAAUUCAACGUCGCAGGACACUGGCUCAGAUGAUGGUAGUAGUGGCGGUUUGCUUCGUCAUCUUUCAAGGACCCAUCGUCUGCCUCUACUUGUACCUCAGUUUCGGAUACAGAAUUGAAAGAAAUGCCGUUUUCACGCUGAUCUUGUUCAAAUGGUUUCCGAUGGUGAGCUCCAUGAUCAAUCCGUUCGUCUACUCCACUGGUUGGAAGGUCUUCAGAAACCGCUGA